AUGGGAUACCGAUUGGCAUGGGCGGACAACGACGCAAAGUGAGUUAUUUGAGUCCGAAUUUUGCCGUUCAGUUGAUAACUUUUCACAGAAACGGGUUAGAAUGGGCGCCUCCAGUCCGUGUGAUAGCUGUAGUCACCCUCAUCGCCUCCACUCUUGAUGUUCUUGCCGAUCUCCUUGUAUGCAACAGGUAAUCUUAGUUUUAACGUUAGAAGAUCAAAAAUCGAUCCCGUUUGCAGAAUCGCCGAAUACCUCGGCAACUUUCAAAGCGAAAUCGCCAUCUACGCAGCGUACGGCUACUUUUUCUUCACCGGAAUCAGCCUCUUCGUCUACCUCUUCGAGAUGAUCGACGUGUGCAAAACUUUGAAAUAUGAUGAAGAGAACGUGUUCUACGCGCGUCUCGCAAAAUCCUUGGUCCUUGUGCUCGAAGAGGUACGUUUCUUUCUGAAGUUUUUCUCAAAUAUCAAAUUUCUGCUAACAAUCACACACGAAAAUGUGAAAAACGACGCUUCCAAGCUGUGGAACAUCUGAAUAACAUUCAGAUUAACUGGAUUCUAAUGCCCUUCUUUUCCUCCUUUUCGCAUCGAAAAUGAACUGAAAACCAAAGUUUUCUCCCACGUGAGCUUUAUAGUUUUGUACUGAGCAAAAAACGGCCAGGAAACUGAUCAAUCGGUCAAAAAACGCACGUUAAAGCUCACGUUACAAUGUUGACAAAAUAUUGUGGCAUUAAAAACAACAUGGAUGCGGGGAAAAUGAGAGAAAGAGUGUGGAUCGAGCGAUCACAUCAGGUGCGAUGAAAGAUAAUUGUGAUGGCGGAGGAGGCAUGGAAGAGCAUCGGUUCAACGAUCACGUCUAUACGUUUACGGGUUUCUGAAAAAUUAUAAGCAAAUUUCGAAGUUUAUCGACUUUUUGACAAUUGCUUGAGGUAACCAAAUCCCAUAGUUUUCAUUCUCAGUAGAUUCACAAAGUGCAGUUUGUUUCGAUUUCAGCAUACUACACAUUUCGACAUUUUCCGCUUGAAAAACAGCUCAGAACGUCAAAAACCGAAAGUAAAGUUGUGCGAGUCUAAAGUCGAACAUGUCGUCAGAUGAUGAAUGGUGGUGGCUCGGUGACAGCACUAGAAACCUUUCUUCUCUGACUUUACGGAACGAGGCGACGGCUCACGGGAUGGCUGGCAGAACGAGCGCCUGUUACGUUUGAAACUGGGUCACAGCGGUCGCAAACCGCUAAUUUUUGAGAGAUAUUGUCAUUGAACACUCAAUUGAUCGAAGAACGGAAGGAAAUUCAGUUUUUGGUACUAAAAAUAUAAAAAAUUAUCGUCGCUAGAUUACAAAAGCAGGCUUUUUGAAAAUCGGCCCCAGAUUCAAAAUUUUUUUUGAUUAAAAUAAAAAUUGAUUAUUGCUCUGAAAAAUGCGUACGGAAAACCUGAAAAAUCGUGUUUUGCUUCAGUUAAACUUGGUAAUUUUGUAAACAAUGACCGUUUCCCUGUUUUGACCAGCUUCCAAAGUGAUUCAGACACAGAACGAUCGAAAUUUGUGCAUUCCAGGUUCCUCUCCCGUCGCUGAUGAACAUCCUUUUCACAAAUGAGCCGAGACUCUCGCUCGCUUCUCCAGUAUACUUUGCUUCGUGGAUCAAGCUUGUCGCCCUGACGUGGGGUCUCGUGAAGUUCACAAAACUCCGCUUCUUCUGGCCAUGCCUCCCGUUGAAUCCAAAACACGACGCGAAGUGAGUUUCUCUGCACGAUUUUCUGAAAAUUCACACAAAAACCUUACUGCUUUCCAGGGAGAACGUCCGGAGAUGCUUUACAUUCACGCUGUACAGAAUCUGCAUGGUCAUCGUCAACAUUUGCCACAUUUUGGCCAUCUACAUCGUCAUCAUGAAUAUCAUCGCAAGCGGUUCCGGCGGACGGCAGAUCGACGUGAAAGAGCAAAGAUUAUAG